AUGGAGGGCCAGAGCGGCCGAGGCAGCAGGAGGCCAGGGAUACAGGCUUGCCUGGGCUCCCUGCCCAUGCCCCAUGGCGUUUCCCAAACUGGGGCAACCUCCAAGGUGGACUCAAGUUUUCAGCUCCCAGCAAAGGAGAAUGCAACCCUAGCACCCACGGAACCAAGGUUGGCUCCGGUACCUGUGGGGCCACGAGCAGCUAUGUCACCUUCCUCAGAGGGGCCAAAGCAGGCUCUGGCAUCUCCCCGACCCAUCCUGGCUCCACUGUCUACCCCUGGAGGGAAGAAAACAGCUCCUGACCACCACAGUUCCAGCGUGGCUCCAACAACUGUGGGCCAGCUGGUGAUAUCUGCCUCAGCUGGACCAAAGCCUCCCCCAGCAACCUCGGGCUCAAUCCUGGCUCCAUCACUGGGGCAGCUGGUGAUGUCUGCCUCAGCUGGGCCGAGAUCUCCCCCAGCAACCCUGGGGCCCAGUAUGGCUCCAACUUCCAGGGACCUGAAGCAGGUGCCACUCACCUCCAUGGGACCCAAACCAGCACUGGCAGCCUCAGGUCUGAGUCUAGCCCUGGCUUCUGAGGAACAGCCUCUACAGCCCCCAUCCAGCCCUUCUCCUGUGCCCAGUCCAGUUCUGUCACCUUCUCAGGAGCAGGCUCUGGCUCCAGCACCCACGGCAUCAGCUACAGCUUCUGUGGGAUGGACACCAGCUAGACAGAGGGAUACCCCAGCUUCUAGACCUCUCCCAUCUUCUGAGGGGCAUCUCCAGCCUACAGCUCAGGCAUCUGGUCCUAUGAGCUCCCCAUCCUCUAUCCAAGCCUCCCCGGACCCCCGGUUCUCCCCCUCUUUCCGAGCCCGGCCUGAGGCCCCCCGCAGUAGCCCUGAGGAUCCUGUCCUGUCACGGCCACCCCAGACCCUGCCCUUGGAUGUGGGCCAAGGCCCUCCAGAGCCUGGCACCCACUCUCCUGGACUUCUGUCCCCUACCUUCCAGCCAGGGACCUCCUCAGGCCAGACUAUGCCCCUACCUCUGCCCAAGCCACCUCGAUCUCCCAGCCGCUCCCCCAACCGCUCUCCCUGUGUUCCCCUGGCCUCUGAGAUGGCCCUCCCCAAGCCUGGCACCCAGGGUGCAGGGCCUGGCAGGUGCCUGAGCCCCAACCUUCAGGACCAAGAAGCCCCAGCCCUGGUCACCACCUCCCCUUCUACAUCCACCUCGUCGUCCUCCUCUUGGUCAGCUCAGCCUACUUGCAAGAGCGACCCUGGCUUCCGGAUCACUGUGGUCACAUGGAACGUGGGCACUGCCAUGCCCCCAGACGAUGUCAUGUCCCUCCUCCACCUGGGCAGUGGUGAUGACAGUGACGGCGCAGACAUGAUCGCCAUAGGGUUGCAGGAAGUAAACUCCAUGAUCAACAAGCGGCUCAAGGACGCUCUUUUCACUGACCAGUGGAGCGAGCUCUUCAUGGACGCGCUGGGGCCCUUCAACUUUGUGCUGGUGAGUACUGUGAGGAUGCAGGGCGUCAUCCUGCUGCUGUUCGCCAAGUACUACCACCUGCCCUUCCUGCGGGACGUGCAGACCGAUUGCACGCGCACUGGCCUGGGUGGCUACUGGGGUAACAAAGGCGGAGUGAGCGUGCGCUUGGCGGCCUUCGGGCACAUGCUCUGCUUCCUGAACUGCCACUUACCCGCACAUAUGGACAAGGCGGAGCAGCGCAAGGACGACUUCCAGACCAUCCUCAGCCUCCAGCAAUUCCAGGGGCCGGGUGCACAAGGCAUUCUGGAUCACGACCUCGUGUUCUGGUUCGGGGACCUGAACUUCCGCAUCGAGAGCUACGACUUGCACUUCGUCAAGUUUGCCAUCGACAGCAACCAGCUCCAUCAGCUCUGGGAGAAGGACCAGCUCAACAUGGCCAAGAAUACCUGGCCCAUCUUGAAGGGCUUCCAGGAGGGGCCCCUCAACUUUGCUCCCACCUUCAAGUUUGAUGUGGGUACAAACAAAUAUGACACCAGCGCCAAGAAGCGGAAGCCAGCCUGGACGGACCGUAUCCUGUGGAAGGUCAAGGCUCUAGGUGGGGGUCCCAGCCCCUCAGGACGGGAGAGCCACCGGCUCCAGGUGACCCAGCACAGCUACCGCAGCCACAUGGAAUACACUGUCAGUGACCACAAGCCCGUGGCCGCCCAGUUUGUCCUGCAUUUUGCCUUCAGGGACGACGUGCCACUGGUACGGCUGGAGGUGACAGAUGAGUGGGUGCGGCCAGAGCAGGCUGUGGCGAGGUACCGCAUGGAAACAGUGUUCGCUCGCAGCUCCUGGGACUGGAUCGGCUUGUACCGGGUGGGUUUCCGCCACUGCAAGGACUAUGUGGCUUAUGUCUGGGCCAAACAUGAAGACGUGGAUGGGAAUAUCUACCAGGUGACAUUCAGUGAGGAAUCACUGCCCAAGGGCCAUGGAGACUUCAUCCUGGGCUAUUAUAGCCACAAUCACAGCAUCCUCAUUGGUGUCACUGAACCCUUCCAGAUCUCACUGCCCACCUCGGAGUUGGCCAGCAGCAGUACAGACAGCUCAGGCACCAGCUCGGAGGGUGAGGAUGACAGCACAAUGGAGCUGCUAGCACCCAAGUCCCGCAGUCCCAGCCCUGGCAAAUCCAAGCGACACCGUAGCCGCAGCCCGGGCCUGGCCCGUUUUCCCAGUCUUGCCCUACGGCCUUCAUCCCGGGAACGUCGUGGUGCCAGCCGUAGCCCCUCACCCCAGAGCCGCCGCCUGCCCCGGGUGGCUCCCAACAGGGGCAAUGACGGUGGCAGCCGGGGCAGUAGUGAGGAGGGGCCCCCUGGGCCUGGCCCCUGGGUCUUCCCACCAGCUGUGCCUAGAAGGCUGGGUCUGCUGCCUUCCUUGCGCCUGGAGACUGUAGACUCUCAUGGUGGUGGCUCCUGGGGACCUGAUCAGGAGGCCCUGUCCCCUGAAAGCCUGUCCCCCAGCCCCCAGGGCCGGCAGGGACUGGAAGAAGGGGGCCUGGGGCCCUGAGGUUGGGCAGGCAGAUGGGCCCAGGUGGUCCCAACUCCGCUUCAAUCUUCUGCAAACCUGUCUGCCUUUCUCCUGCUGUUGCUCCAGCUGUAUCUGUACCUGCCAUUUGUCCCAGCCAGGGGUGGCCAACUGGGGUCCCCCAAAACUAGGUCCUGGC